AUGGUGAAGAAGUAUUCUAUACAAAGGAACCAAUUCUACACCACAGUAACCUCGAAUGAGAAGGUCCUUCAUCUGCGGUGCAAGAAGAAUUGUGGUUGGUCACUACGAGGCACUAAAAAAAGUGAGCACUCAGACGGCUUUACCAUAGUCACAUACAAAGGCCCGCACCGGGACACCUGUGUCACUGAAGUGUUAUCUACAGAUCAUGCACACUUGGAUUCAUCCAUAAUUUCCGAUUUUGUGAAGUCUUUUGUGCAGAAAGAUUCAUACUUGAAAGUUGAAUUUAUACAGGAACUCAUAUCCAAGCAUUUUCAGUUCGACGUUACUUAUCGAAGAGCAUGGUAUGCUAGGGAGAAAGUCAUAGCUGAAGUAUUUGGAGAUUGGGAGAGUUCUUAUGGCAGACUUCCGCACUUCAUGGAAGCACUCAAACAGUCAAACCCGGGAACCGUUGUUGUAUGGAAACACAAAGUUCUGGUAGACGGUGUUUAUUACAGCAACAUGGAAGUGUUUGAACGAGUAUUUUGGGUCUUCGGCCCUUGUGUUGAAGGUUUUAAACAUUGUAUGUCUAUCAUCUGUAUCGAUGGGACGCAUUUGUACGGGAAAUUUAAAGGAACAUUGUUGGUUGCUGCAAGUGUGGAUGCAAACUUCCAAGUAUUUCCACUUGCAUUUGCGUUAGUCGAAGGGCAAAACACUUCCAGCUGGUCUUGGUUUCUCGGUUGCAUUCGGGUUCAUGUCACUCAACGGGAUGGCCUCUGUGUUAUAUCUGAUCGACAUGCUGGGAUCAUUGCAGCAAUGAAUGACCCUAACGUUGGAUUCACCGAGCCGCGAGCCUAUCACAGGUUUUGUGUUCGGCACUUGGCUUCUAACUUGAAGACUCACGUGCGAAGAAACGACAUGAGAGAUAUAUGGUUUUUGUUUCACGAUGCUGGUCGCAGAUAUGGGAUAUGUACUACGAACUUCUCAGAAAUAUUUAACAAUGUGUUGAAGGGUGCUCGAUUUCUACCUAUCAUGUCCCUUGUUGAAUUAACAUUCCACAGAGUGAAUAAGUAUUUCACUGAUAAAAGGGAAUUAUCUCAGGCUAGAUCUGAACAGGGACUUGCAUACCCCCCCAAAUUCACUUCCAUUAUGGAGAAAAACAUUUCAAAGGCUAGAUAUCACAAAGUGGAAGCGUAUAACCGUCGACUGCAUAUAUAUCAAGUUGAAACAAAGAGGGGAGAUAGAAUUGGUAGAAAAGGAGGCCAUAGACAUACUGUUAACUUUCAGUUAAGAAUGUGUACAUGCAAUAAACCACGGAUCUUCCACCUCCCAUGUUCUCAUGUUCUAGCAGUUUGUGCGAAGUAUUCGAUAUCAGAGCGGCCAUGGGUGGACCGGGUACUGCAAUCAGAGGCCUACACAAAUACAUACACUCCCCAAUUCUGGCCUAUCCCUUGUGAGACGGCAUGGAGAGAUUAUGGAGGGCCUAAACUCAUUCCCGACAACAGCAUGGUACGAGGACAAGGUCGCCCUAAGUCAAGGCGCAUACGCAAUGAAAUGGAUGAGACCAACCGUCCCGCGAGCAAAUGCGGCCUCUGUCACCAGCAGGGUCACAAUAAGAGAUCGUGUCCAUCUAGAUCGACCGGGCACUAA